CGAUUCAUCAGCUUGAUCGUUCAUGGUGUGAACUUAUUUUGCUAUGCUGUCUGACGGCUCUUCAACUGGAGACUGGCUUCCCUCCCUUCAUGAUCUGAUGCUGUGUCCUAGCGACGGCCAAGAGUCUUCUGAGGAUUCUUAUGUGGCUUUUGUAUCUCAGAAGGAACCCUUCAGCUAUCCAAUUGUAAAUUUAUGAGUAGCUUUAAUGGAAACGAGACAAUGAACCCUUAAAUAUGUUGUAAUGUGAUUUUUUUUAUAAUGAUUUAGUGACUAAAUGAACCAAGGACUAUUUGUAAGAUGGCCGUUAUGGAGGGCUCCCUAAGCAAGUGGACUAACCUUAUGAAAGGAUGGCAGUACCGAUGGUUCGUCCUGGACGACAAUGCUGGGCUGCUGUCCUACUACACGUCGCGAGAGAAGAUGAUGCGGGGUGUGAGGCGUGGCUGUGUCAGGCUGAAAGGGGCUGUCAUCGGUAUAGACGAUGGCGACGACAGUACAUUUACCAUCACGGUGGACUCGAAGACAUUCCACUUCCAGGCAAGGGACGGUGACGAAAGAGAGAAGUGGAUACGCUGUCUCGAGGAUACUAUUAUGAGACAUGCCUACGGUUACAAAAAUCCUAGUUCUUUGCGUUUAGAUUCAAUGAGGCCUUCUGUAACGAUGCAAGAUUUCGAUAAAAAGUUGGCUGAAUCUGAUGGCUACUUACAGAUCCUGAUAAAUCAAAUCAAAACUAUUGAGUUGAAAAUGGAGUCCGAUUUAGAUGCAGAAGAAAAGGCAAAGUGUGAAAAUAUUAUUUCACACACAAAUAAUUUACUUGAGCAAGUGAAGCACACAAUUGUUCUACUUCAAAUAGCUAAAAAUACAGCUUACCCUGUUAAUGGUACCUACCAGCCCAUGGACAAAAUCGAUUCCUCACCCAAUCAGCUCGACCACAAUUCGCCACUUGCUUCUACUUCCAUGGUCGUAUCGGAUGCUGCCUUCGCGCUCCCGCCUAGUUCGAUAGGUGUGCCAGAAACCUCGUAUUCCACGUCCGAAGAAGAAGAUUUUUAUGAUGCUCACGACAGCAGUGAUCCUCCGAGCCCUACUGUUAUGAAACACUCAUUCUCUCAAAACAUGAAUGCGAGUUUUGAUGCUGCUGACAAUGAACAUGACGAUGAAGGAGAAGCAGAUGGAGGUCCUAUGUUGAACCCUAAUUCCCCUCCUACCUACGUCAAAUCCGAUGGGAGUUUAGAUUAUGAUGCUUUAUAUGAAGAUCCGGAAGAAACAAACAUUUCAAUGGAAAGCCAAGGCUCUGUCGUAAGCCAUCUGCUUUCUCAAGUGAAGAUAGGCAUGGAUUUAACAAAAGUCGCUUUACCUACAUUUAUUCUUGAGCGACGUUCCUUGCUGGAAAUGUAUGCUGAUUAUUUCGCUCAUCCUGAUAUGUUUGUUAGGAUUUCUGAUUUACCAACUGAAAAAGAGCGAAUGGUGCAAGUUGUUCAGUGGUAUCUCUGUUCAUACCAUGCUGGGAGAAAAAGUUCUGUCGCCAAGAAACCCUACAAUCCGAUAUUAGGAGAAGUAUUUCAGUGUUUUUGGGAUAUUCCAGGGAUCGACAUUGAUAGUGGCGAAACCGAACCGGUGAAGGAUGGCCCUGUUCCGUGGUGCAACCCUUCGCAGUUGACCUUCGUGGCCGAGCAAGUGUCCCAUCACCCUCCUAUUUCAGCGUUUUACGCGGAGCACUAUGAUAAACAGAUAAGUUUUAAUGCGCACGUUUGGACAAAAUCGAAAUUCCUAGGCUUAUCAAUAGGUGUUCACAAUGUUGGAUGCGGAGUGAUAAAUGUGAUUAAAUAUGAUGAGCAGUAUAUCGUAACAUUCCCUAACGGUUAUGGUAGGUCUAUCCUGACCGUGCCGUGGAUCGAACUUGGUGGAUCAGUAUCAAUCACUUGUGAAAAGACAGGGUAUAGAGCCACCAUCGAGUUCUUGACGAAACCGUUUUACGGUGGCAAAAAACAUCGGGUACUCGGAGAAGUUUAUGCACCCAAUGAGAAAAAAUCAUUUUUAACCGUAACCGGCGAGUGGAAUGGUGUGAUGCAGGCCAAGUGGGCAGAUGGUAGAACGGAUCAGUUUGCUAACGUCAACAGCCUCUCGAUAAUAAAGAAAAAUGUCCGUCCUAUUGAAUUUCAAAACGAAAAUGAAUCUAGAAAACUGUGGAAAGAAGUCACAGCGGGUCUGAGAUUGAAUAACGUCUCGCACGCCUCAGACGCCAAGUACAACCUGGAGCAGAAGCAGAGGCAGGAGGCCCAGCAGCGCAAGGAGAGCGGCCUCGAGUGGGAGACCAAGCUCUUCCAGCGCGAUGGCGAUGACGGCUGGCUUUAUGUAAAUCCUCUUUCUAAGAGACUGGAUCCUUAUACUAAUAGGUAGAAAGAAUUAUAGCUAGGAGCUCAUUUUGUUUUGUUUUUUUUAAAUUUUCUUCUUUUGUAAAUUGGUUUAAGUAAUUUAUGCACACUUCAUAAUAUGGAUUACUGUGUAAAUAUACAGAUAUAUAUUUGUAUAAAGUUAUUAAAUUGAUAUAUAUAUAUUGUUUCUAUAACGUUAUUUUUUAAUAAGUUGCUUAAAACCCUUUGAAAUCAGAACUUCAUAUUUAAAUAGUUUCUUUUGUAAAUAGUUAACAGAACUAUAUUUAAUGAAAGAGAAAAAAAUAAUAAUAUUAUAUCAAGGCUAUCUCCAAACGAAAGAUUUCCAAAUUAGGUUAAGAAGAAUAACUUAUUUAAUUGAAUUAUGAAGUCACGAGUUUUAUUUCCAUUCCUCUUUCCCUUUGUGCUUCGUAAAAUAUUUGCUCCUUAUACUAUGAAAAGUUCUAGGCUUUGCUUUUCAUAAGUAUCAUUUUCAGAUAAAUGUAUUUACUCCUUUAGAAGUAAACUUUUUUUUUCUUCGAGGACAGCGGUUGCGGUCAGGUGUACCUGCUGAUCAUCUCCCUAUCCUCCUCCCAUUCCUUAAAGAUUUAGGUUAUGUUGUUAUCCUGGCUUCAAGAAGCUGCCUGAUAUCCCAAUGAAUGUCUGUUAUCCCUUCCAGUAUAGAAAUUUCAAUUCUAGAUUUUUUUUUCACUGUAAGUACUUUCAGUUACACGAAUGAAACUGUCCCUAUGCUAAGAUUUGCUUAGUAAAGGCCAGCUUUUUAUAGUUUAUGUAAAUUUAGAUGCAUCUUACUUCAGAUUCUUUCCUUAGCCAGAGAGACAUGGUUACGUAUUACUAAUGCUGUGAUUUUCAAACGGCCUAUCAAUUACUAAGCCUAUUGAAUCUCCUGCUAUUAACACUCCUAAUAUCUCUUCAUCUACCUUCACACCUAGCUGUUUAGUUCUUAAUACAUUUAGGCAAAUGAAUUUUUCAAUUUAUAAUUAUACAGUUAUAUUUUGGAUACGAAAAAUUUAAUUGUACUCUGUUUCAUUUCAUUUAACAC